AAAUAAAAUAGUUACUAUUCUUGAACCAGUUUGACUACAGGCAUAAUCUCAGUUUCUUCUGAAAGAUUUAGAGCGAAAUAAUUACUUCAAAUGUUACUGAAACGAAGUUACAGUAGCCCAAACACAGUGAAAUUGGAUGUUUUUUUCUCACUGAAAAGAUUUUCUGUUUUUAUUGGAUACAGAUUAUUGCAGCUGUGGCUUGUGCACUUACCAACAUAAUGGAGCCAAGUCAUAACACUUUAAAAAUCCCCUUUGAAAUUUGAGGACAAUAUCACCAAAAAUUAGCAUUUGGAAUUUGGAAACUCCAGAAGGACACAUUAAGCCUAAAUUAUAGUAUGGAUGUUAUUGGGGGUAGAAUGUAGCAUUUUGCUUACUAAACUAUACAAUAAUAAUAAUCAUAAUACAUUUAUUUAUAUAGCGCUUUUCAAGGUACUCAAAGACGCUUUACAUAAAUGUGAAAUACAACACUUUUUAUCCUGAAAAAAAGUGUUUGCACUUCCCCCUCUCUGUCACUCUCCCCUAUACCUCUCUGUCAAUAAUCACAGUAAUCACAAUAAUACCAUCUUGUAUACUAAUAUGUUCAUUGAGGUAGAUUGAUUGAAGUUUUUGUCAAAUACCCAACCCCUAUCAACAAGUCAAAUACAUUCCAGAAUUUCACAUGCUAUUUAUUAUACAAAGGCAGGCUGGCUCCUUAUUUAUAAGCAUACUGAACAAUAAGAAGUAUUUAGGUGCACACCGAUAUAAAAUUGGGUCACAUCACUGAAAAUGCUAUUGUGUUGUCAACGGUGAUUUCACUGUCUUUCUCAGAAAUAUUAAUUCAGUUGAGAGAUUCCUUGGAACUCCUCCAAAGGAAGUCCUCUGUUUAUGCAUUGCAAAAUACAUUUUUGCAUAAAAUCUGUUUUUGCUGAAGCGCAACAGAUUCCGCAUGAGUUUUGAAAAUGCUACAGAUUCGUUACACUGGUGAAAAAAUGCUGUGUUGUUUUAUGCAAGCCAAACAAAUUAUAGACUAUUGGAAAUGUAAUGUCAUUAGCUAAAAUGCUUUUGAGUCAUCACUUCAAUAAAAUGCCCAUCGUCAGUUUUUUGAUGAGCUGAAGUUAUAUUGAAUUUUGUUACACCUGGAUGGGGUAACACAUUUUCUCUGCAAAUAAAUGACAAAUACAAAUACUGGUCAGAGAUGGUUGUACUUGGGCUCAUCCUGUUCGAGAGAGCUUAUAUAAAACGUAGAUAAUAGCAGUUCUAUGCACAAGUACUUUUGUAGAUGUAUACAAUGGCAAAACAAUGGCGAUAAUUCCUCCAGAGAAAUUCUAAGUAAACAAUGAACUUUCUAUCAACGAGUUAGCUGUCAUGAGUUUUGUUUUUUAGUUUAUUUACUAUUUUUGUAAAUGUAUUAUUUUUCAUAUUCAUGUCUGGUUUACGGGAGCGGCACGGAUAGUGCAGUGGGGAGCACUGCUGCCUCACAGCAAGGAGGUCCUGGGUUCGAAUCCCUGUCGGCCGGGGCCUCUCUGUGUGGAGUUUGCAUGUUCUCCCCGUGUCUGCGUGGGUUUCCUCCGGGUACUCCGGUUUCCUCCCACAGUCCAAAGACAUGCAGGAUAUCGAUCUCCAAAAUGCAGAGAAGGGUUAAUAUGUCGCUCACUUCAAUCCUUUCCGCUGAUGCCAUCGAGAAUGCUAUCAAGGAUUGCCAAGCUCCAGAAUCCUUCAGUUACAAAAAGUUUUUCGAGUUGUGUGGCCUUUCCAAAAAAAGUCCUCAAGAAGUGAAGGAUGUCUUCCGUAUCCUGGAUAGUGAUGGUAGUGGAUUCAUUGAAGAAGAAGAGCUAAAAUUCUUCCUCCAGCGGUUCUCCUCAGGGGCUCGGUUGUUGUCUGAUAAAGAGGCAAAGACAUUCAUCUCAGCUGCUGAUGAUGACGAUGAUGGCAAAAUUGGAGCAGAAGAGUUCCAGACCAUGGUUCUAUCUUGAAAAGUCCCUGGAAAAAAAGCAGGUCUCUCCCUCAUCCCGCACCAGUUCCAGGAAUUUUAUUUGGCUUUCUCUUUUCUUCACUUUAUACCUUGUGAGCUUCUCAAAGCCCGUCUCCCAGACAUGCUCUCAUUUUUAUUUGCCUUUUCAGUACAGAUCCGUUUGUGCAGUAGUGUAAUCCAAAUGUUCCAAUAACCACACUGCUAAACAAAUAAAUAAGUGCAUUUUAA